CCCUACCUCAUUGUGUGCCUUUGGCUAAGCUGAUUGUUUGUCGUCGUGGUAGUGCGCAGCACCUCCCGGCGCGGCGCUGACAGGAGCACCCUCCCCUCCCCCCCCCCCUAGCCGCCAUGGCUAUCUAAGGGCGGCAGGGCCAGCGGCGGCAUCGGCCAGUGCAGCGGGCGCAGCAGCAGCGGCGGCGGCCUCGGCACAUCCCCGGCAUCUGCAACCAUGGCGUUUUUCAAGGCACCGCACAGCAGCACUGCUGUAGUCGACAAAAAAGCCCUCUCCUUGUCUGCAUCCUUUGACGUCAAAGCAUUAAAACCUGACCAAGAUGAGCCUCUUGAACAACGAGAUGCUGUUGGGGGAGUCGUCCCCCUUCAGCCAGCCGUGUUCGGUGGCUGAGGAAAGUCUGGGACUCCUCGAUGACUACCUGGAGGUGGCCGAGCCCCUCGGUUCGCAUGGGUUCUCCAGCGACAAGGCUAAGGCAGUCUCCUCCAAUUGGCUCGCUGUGGACAGUUUAGGCAACACCAUAGAUAGCAGCCAGGAGGAUGCCUUCUCUGGCAUGGAGUGGAUGGUGGAGAAGAUGGAUCUGAAGGAAUUUGAUUUUGAUGCCCUGUUAGGUAUGGAACAUCUGGAAGCCACCGUCUCACCAGACGAGCUGAUGGCCACGUUGGAAGACACGUGUGAUCUCCUAUUCAACCCUACCACCCAGGAAUUUCACAACAAAGAACCUCCACUGAUACCUGACCUAGUCACCAGUCUCCCUGAAUCUCCAAUUGGAGCAGAUCCCAUGGCCCCAUUAGCUUCCCUCUGGUCUUUUCCCCUUUCCCCAGGGUCUCUGACUUCUAUUCCAGACCAUUCAUUUAGUUUAGAACUAGGUAGUGAAGUGGAUGUUCUGGAAGGUGAAAGAAAACAGGAGGGCCCCACCUUUCUGGUAGUGAUCACCAAGUCAGAGAAAGAGGAGGAGAACCAUUCUGAUGAUAGUGGAAUAUGCAUGAGCCCAGACUCCUACUUGGGAACACCCCAGCACAGUCCCACCAAUUCACUUGGAUCCCCCAAUGACAACCAGUUCCCUGCAGAUGCCGCCUGUGGCUCUGUGCGGUCCAAACCAUAUGACCACCCCGCUGAGAAGGUAGUGUCAGCGAAGGUGAAAGGAGAAAAGAAAAUAGAUAAGAAACUGAAAAAAAUGGAGCAAAAUAAGACAGCUGCCACACGCUACCGGCAAAAGAAGAGGGCAGAACAGGAAGCACUGUCAGGGGAGUGCAGAGAUUUGGAACAGAAGAAUCAGGCCCUGAAGGAGAAAGCAGAUUCCCUGAGUAAGGAAAUCCAGUACUUGAAAGAUCUGGUUGAAGAGGUACGGAAGGCCAAAGUCAAAAGAGCUAGAGUCCCUGAGUAGGGUAGUCAGUAGUGUUUAUGUGCGUGUAUAUAUGCUUGCUGCUUAAGCUGUGUAUGGUGUCUAAUAAAUUAUUUUAUAGUAAACUUGCAA